UCACCUUACUGUCCUUGUUCUUCAUUUGCAGAUUACUUACAAGGCCGUUGGGUCUCUGGAUCCCAGUGCUGACCUGUCCAGCCAAAGAGGGAAAGUCUUCAAACUAAGGAAUGAAACGCAUCACCUCUUUGUAGGAUUAUACCCAGGGACUACGUAUUCGUUCACCAUCAAAGCCAGCACAGUAAAGGGCUUUGGGCCACCCAUCACAACACGGAUUGCAACUAAGAUUUCAGCACCGUCAAUGCCGGAGUACGACACGGACUCGCCCUUGAAUGAGACAGACACUACCAUCACUGUCAUGCUGAAGCCUGCUCAGUCCCGGGGAGCCCCUGUCAGUGUCUAUCAACUCGUUGUCAAGGAGGAGAAGCUACAGAAAGCUCGCAGAGCUGCAGACAUCAUUGAAUGCUUCUCCAUCCCAGUGAGCUACAAGAACGCCUCCAGCCUUGACUCACCUCACUACUUUGCAGCCGAGCUGAAGCCCAUCAACCUGCCCGUCACACAGCCCUUCACCGUGGGCGACAACAAGACCUACAAUGGCUACUGGAAUGCUCCUCUUUCUCCCCUGAAAAGCUACAGCAUAUACUUCCAGGCUCUUAGCAAGGCAAACGGCAAAUUUGAUGGAAGUUAUACAUGCCACUACUUGUCCUUCACUCAACUUUCUCUGCAGAUGCAGUGGGAAACCUGUAGGAGUGCCAAGUGAUGGAAAGGGCAUAUGUAGGCACAUGAUGUAUGAAGUGGAUUGUUUAUAAUCUUUUUCCUUGCAUUAAUGUCAGAGUAGAGGCUGUUGUAGCAGCUACAUCUUAUAAGGACAUCCUUGCAGUCGUCAGUUCACAGUGAUUUUAGAGGAGAGAUGAGAUGAGAACUACCAAAGGCUAUUAAAUUGGAUUACUUUGUAGCCUGCGUUUGGUCAUCCCAUAGUUUAGCAGUUAUGGUUGAGAUUUUCACCUUGAACAAAAUGUAA